AUGGUUUUUCUGGAGGAACAUGAAGGAAUAUACAUAUCACCAACUAUUGAACAUGACAGCAUGAAUCCAACCCUACUCCAGUGUUAUGCUUGGGUAAUUGCACAAGCACACAUUAAUCAUAGAAGCCCAGAUCUUCAUGACAAUGGAGAAAACAGUGAUGAUGAUAAUGACAAAGGCAGUAGUGAUAGUGCUGGCUCUGCAAGAAGGUCUUCUGGACCACACAAGAGAAAAGACAAUUCAAAUGCAG